UGAAUAAUUAUAUAAAGAAUUCAAAAAUUGGCGGCAAUUGAUUAACGGUUACUAUCUGUUAGUUUACAUUUCAUACUUAAGGUAAAUCAAUUUUUAGUAAGAAUGACUGCGCAAGGAUCACCUGCUAAAAUGAAGGAAUUACGUUUACCUAUAUCAAGAGUAAAAACAAUUAUGAAAAGUUCCCCUUACGUGGAUACAAUCGGUCAAGAUGGAUUAUAUUUAGUCACAAAAGCUACGGAACUAUUUAUACAUUAUCUAACGGAAGAGGCACAUUUGCAAAGCAACAAAGGAAAUUUUUUAGACUACAAACAUCUAGCAGAAGUGGUACAAACAAAUGAUACAUUGGAAUUUCUCAGGGAAAUAAUGCCUAGAAAGAUAACAGUGAGACAAUUCAGAGAAAUGAUGGCUGCCAAGAAUUCACAUAGCAGUUCAUCAGAAAAUAGUUCAGACUCUGACAGUGAUAGUGAAUCAGACACAGAUUCUUGUUCUGAUAGUGAUGAUAGAAAAGCAGAUGAUAAUUCAUCAAAUAGUGAACAAGAAAGUAUAGAAAAAGAGAAUGGAAAAUGUGAUUCCAUUAGUGACAAAAGUGAAGCAAGUGAAAAAAGUGACAGUGAGGAUGAAACCAAGAGAUAAAAAAAAAAAACAAAUAUUCUAUUUAAUAUUUUCAUAAGACAGGCUCUCUGAUUAUUUAAGAAAUAUUUCAAAUACAAUUAAAAA